AUGGUGAUAAAGGAGUACGAAAAUUUGAAGUUCCAGCAGCCCUAUCAACAGGCUCUGUACUAUUGUUCUCUGUUACUACAGGAUCAAACAUGGCCUUGGAUGGAACAACUUGAAAUACUUCCUCAUCUUGAGGCUGCAGAUCUUGCAAAGUUUCUUCCAUUGAUGCUUUCAAGAGCCUUCUUAGAGUGCUAUAUAGCAGGUAAUGUUGAACGCAGCAAAGCAGAGUCAAUACUUGUGCAUAUUGAAGAUGUUCUUAACAAGGGUCCAGGCCCUAUAUGCCAACCCUUAUUCCCGUCCCAGCAUUUAACAAAUAGAGUUGUCAAGCUUGAAAGAGGCAUGAAUUAUUUAUAUCCAAUUAAAGGCUUAAAUCCAAGUGAUGAGAAUUCUGCUCUGGUGCAUUACAUACAGGUUCAUCGAGAUGAUUUUAUGUUGAAUGUGAAACUUCAACUUUUUGCUUUAAUUGCAAAGCAGCAAGCUUUCCACCAGCUUAGAUCUGUUGAGCAACUUGGGUACAUUACUGCCCUCUUACAGAGGUAUCCAGCUUUGCUUUCUCUAAAUUUUGAUCCUGGACGAAUUGAUUUGAGAGUCGAGGCGUUCCUCAAGACGUUUGAAACUAAACUUUACGAGAUGACCAGUGAUGAGUUCAAGAGUAACGUUAAUGCUUUAAUAGACAUGAAACUUGAGAAGCACAAGAAUUUAAGGGAAGAAUCUGCAUUUUACUGGCGAGAGAUUUCUGAUGGGACCCUGAAGUUCGAUAGGAGAGAAUGCGAGGUGGCCGCAUUGAAACAACUUACACUACAAGACUUGAUAAAUUUCUUCAAUGAACAUGUAAAAGUUGGUGCACCUCGGAAGAGGACAUUAAGUGUACGGGUUUAUGGUAAACUGCAUUCAUCUGAUUACGCAUCAGAUAAAAGCCAACAGCUCCCACCCAACUCAGUUGAAAUAGAAGAUAUUUUCAGUUUUAGAAGAUCACAACCUCUUUAUGGUUCAUUUAAAGGAGGCUUUGGUCACAUGAAGUUGUAG